ACAAUACAAUACAAUACAAUAGAUUAGAAACCAUAUUAUUCAGCUUUUCAGUUUCAACUUUGAAGGAUGGGUAGAGCCUUACUCUCUUCUUUGCUUCAUGAUUUGAUGGACAACCUUCUCUACCUCACCUCUCAAACCAAACAUUUCAUGAUGAAGCCACACAAAUACCAGCGCAAGCUCAUGGAUAAAUUGCUGAUCCUUGAUGCUCUUGUGGAUGAUGCCGAACAGAAGCAGUUCACAGAAGGAAGCAAUGCACAAGCAGUGAAAGGUUGGUUAAAUGAACUACUACAUGCUUCAUACCGAUUGGAGGAGCUUCUGAUGCAGAUCAUGGCCACCAUUAAGUCUCCGCAUUCGCAGGGCCGGCAAUUCUUCAAAGUCAUCACAACAACAAAGAAGCUGGACAAGUAUAUCAAGGCUCGAAUCAGCGAAUCUCUUGAGAACUUAGAAUCUCUUGUGAAAAAGAAAGAUGUUCUUGGCUUAACUGAGCAUACUACUUGGAGGGAAUCGUUGCAAGGAUUGCCUUCGUCUUCUGAUGUGUUGGAUAAUUAUUUCUACGGAAACUAUCCAAAAGAUUACUUCUAUGGAAGAGAGGAAGAAGAGAAAUCUAUAUUGGAAAACUUGUUAUCAGCUAGUGAAAGUGAUGAACACAUCAAGGUGAUUAACAUUGUGGGAAAAUCCGGGGCAGGAAAAACUGCUUUGGCUGAUGUUGUUUACUUCAACCACAAGGUAAGGGAGUCUUUUGAACUUAGAGCUUGGAUCUCUGUUCCUUACAAGGCCACUGCUACCUUCAUUGCAAAGAAGAUUCUCCAGGCAGUUACCGAGGAGUUUGUUGCCGGAGAGGACUUCGAUGUAUUGUGGAAUAGAUUGCAAGAAAGCCUUGAUGGGAAGAAGUUUCUGUUGGUGUUGGAUGAUAUCAGGAUUGAGGAUGAAUUACACAAAUGGAGCAAGCUGAUUGCUUCCCUUGAAUCUUCUGCAGCAAAAGGUAGUUCCAUAAUCCUAACAUCAAGUCCUCAUGAUGAUCCAAAGCUACUGAUGUUACCUGCAAAUCAUGAUGUGCAUGUGAGUUUGCUUUCAAUAGACAAUUGUUGGUCAAUCUUUUUGGUGCAUGCUUUUGGCCAAAUAGACCUUCAUCAACACCCGGAACUAGCCGCAGUUGGCAAAGAAAUCGUCAACAAACUGGGAAACCUUCCCCUGGCUGCAAAAAUGAUAGGGAGUCUCUUACAAGAUAAGUUGCAUAUCAACCAAUGGGUUCAGAUCUUGAGGAGCGAAUUGCUGGAUGCAGGGGAUGUGGAUCUACCCAUCCCUUCAUUUCUAGUACUCUGUUAUCUCGAUCUCCCUGCGCAGCUUAAGCGAUGCUUUGCUUAUUUGUCAUUGUUUCCAAAGGGCUACGAGUUCAAGCAGAAGGAGGUGAUCCUCUUAUGGAUGGCCCAAGGCUUUCUGAAUGACUCUGACUCUAAAUCCAAUGGAAAAAGCAUGGAAGACAUUGGUGAUGAGUACUUUGGUUAUCUAAUCAUGAGGUCAUUCUUGCAACCCUUUGGCUCUGGUGUUAGUUUCAUAAUGCAUAAUCUGGUUCAUGACUUGGCAAGCUAUGCAUUUGGAGAAUCAUAUAAGCACCAUUUGUCCUAUUCAAGAAGCACAGAGGAUUUUCCAGAAUUAUCCUUUUACAAACAUGGAGAAUUGUCAAGAACCAUUCUACCUAUAUACUUGCCACUUGAAGGGGCUCCUAGGUGGUUCGACUCGUCGCUGCUGGAGCAAAUAAUUAUGAAGGUGAAUCCACAUGUCUUCCGGGUCUUAUCCUUAUCACACUAUGAUAUCACUCACUUGCCUGCUUCAAUUGGAAGACUAAGUUGUCUUAGUUACCUUGAUCUCUCUCACACUGCAUUGCAGACACUGCCAGAUUCCAUUUGUGAUCUGCUUAGUUUGCAAACACUUCUGUUGACAAACUGCACUUCUCUCACAAGUCUCCCCAAAAGGAUAUGCAAUUUGGUAAAUUUGCGUUACCUUGAUGUUAGAGAUAGUGGCCUGCAGGAGAUGCCGUUGGAAAUGCAUAAAUUGACAAGUCUCCGGGCAUUGACAGACUUUAUUGUUUCUAAAUAUGUUCCAAGGUUUGGAGAUUUAGCAGAGAUGUACAAUCUCAAAACAUUGACCAUUUCAAAGUUGGAAAAUGUGGUCUAUGCUAAGAAUGCAUCAGAUGCCAAACUAAAAGAGAAAAAGAGCCUUGAUGAACUUAUGCUUCAAUGGAGCAAUGGCAAACAUAGCAAUGGGAAUGAAAUGGAAGUGCUUGAGAGUCUAGAACCACACAAAGACUUAAAGAGACUAACAGUUGAGUACUACAAUGGUGCAAGUUUCCCAAAUUGGUUAGGAGAUAAAUCUUACUGGGAUUUACAGCUGGUAGAUCUCCGCCACUGCGAAAAUUGCAAUUCAUUGCCAACAUUGGGGAUGCUGCCAUUUCUUAAAGAUCUCUUUAUUGAAGGGUUCACUCAUGAUAUGCUGGAAUGGAAGGAAUGGAGCAUAUUAGAAGGCAUUGAAUUCCCUUGUCUUGUUGAGCUAUAUAUAAUACGGUGUCCUAAACUAGUGCAAGACUUGCCAAAGCAGGUUCUUUCUUUGGAAAAGUUGGAGAUUUUUGGAUGCUAUGCCCUUGAAGCUCCUCUUCCCAAAGUCUCUGAUACAUGUCAAGUGUUUGUGCAUGACAGCAAUGACAUUGUUAUGAGAAAUAUAGCUAAAACCCACUCGCAACCAUCCUUGCGCCGGGUCAAAAUUUCAGAAGAAGUGCAUGAGAUCACAGUGCAAUCCUUCUCUGGUUUUCCAAGCACUAAGUACACUGUUGGUUCUUCUUUAGGUGAGAUUGAAGAAAUUGCUCAUGAAGAAAGGAUGGAGAGUGAAUCCACAAGAAGCAGAUGGCCACUUGAUUCUUCAUCUUCAGAUACAUUAAGGAUACCGAAACUAAAGGAAACUUCCCCUAGAAUUAUCAGUCACCAAGUUGAAGCGAAAAUUCCCAACAUCAAACAGCAAAAAGAUCCACAAUCUUCAGAUACUAAAUUUGAUACUCCAAUCAUCACACAAGCAGCUAUCAAGGUAGAAACUUCAUCAUCAAAAGAAGACUUAGAUGAUCAAAGAUCAUCCUUUGAAAUGCUAAAGAUUUCAACUGUGUCACAAUUGAAGUCAUUGCCAACCAAGCUGCACAGCCUAAAAAUUGAAGGGUGUGAGUCUUUAGAGUCCCUUCCAAAUGACUUAUUGGAAGGGAUAACUACUCUUGAAGACUUGUAUCUGAUUAGUUGCUCUUCUCUUAGAUCCCUCCCUUCCCUUGGUUCUGUCACAACACUUUAUAUACGAAACUGCAGAAGAUUGGAGAAUCUGCCAUCUUUAGAAUCAAGAAAGCAGCUUGCCUGUCUCCACCACUUGUUCAUAGGGAGUAGCUGUGAUUCUCUCACUUCUUUGACCUUAGAUUUGUUCCCCAAACUCAAAAUUCUCUGUAUAUGGGAUUGUCUCAACCUGCAAUCAUUUAAUGUCACUAAGGAGUACAAGGGUGAUCUUCCAUCACUUGAGUCUUUAGAGAUUAGAGAUUGUCCAGGAUUGAUGUCUUUUCCAGAGGGAGGAAUACAUGCUCCAAAUCUAGAAUCCAUAUUCCUUUCCAAUUGCAAGAAUCUGAACAAUUUGCCAGAUGCUAUGAACUCUCUGACAUCCCUCAAGACAUUAUUUCUACAUAAAUGUCCAGAGAUUGAAUCUUUUCCAUAUGGGGGCUUGCCUUCAAGUUUAAUUUUACUCUCCGUAGCUUAUUGUGACAAACUUACACCACAAAAGAAUUGGAGAUUGGACACUCUUGAGUCUCUCAACCGUUUGGAGCUUGAAGGUGGAUGCAUGGGCAUGGAUUCAUUUCCAGAGGACAUGAUACUUCCUCCCAAUAUAAACUCACUUUGCAUAAGCACACUGAAGAGUCUCAAGAAGCUAAACUACAGCGGGUUCCAACAUCUGAAUGCUCUUCAAAUACUUGAAAUUCAUUGCUGUGGCAUGCUUUGUUCCUUGCCUGAUCAAGGCCUUCCUUCCUCCCUAAAUCAACUCUGUGUCCAAGAAUGCCCUUUGCUGACUCCAAGACUUAAACCAAAUAGUGGGAAGGAGUGGCACAAGGUGGCUCGAAUCCCACACAUACAAAUUGAUCACCAAAUACUCUAUUUAGGGAACCAGUGCCAAAGCUAGGCACUCAGGUUAGAGGACUAAAACACCAUGUACAGCCUACAUGUUAUGCACUCUGAUGAACAUUUAUUUUCAUGAUUUUUAUUAAACCAAGAGAAUGCACUACUUUAAUGCUUAUUUUCUUUACAGAACUCUGUGGAAAAAUGUCUUCUUAAUUUUCAAUGGGAUGACUGCAAUCUUGUUCAAGACUCAUUAUU